AUGCCAUCGAAGGCUAACGCACACCAUCUACUGGUGGUUUCCUGCGGAACUAUGGUGCUACUAUUUCUAACACUGCUCUCCCUAUCGGGGGCUAGUGGAUCACUCCAGUACGUGGAAACCGCCUCGCAACGAAAAGCACACUACUGCGGAACAAAGCUGAGCGAUACGUUGGCCGAACUGUGCAACAGAUUUAAUGGACUCCGCAAGAGAUCUGACGACUUCUUGAUACCUUACCAUGAGGCACGUCUGCUGGAUAACGUCCAGAAUGAUAUGGAAGAGCUCCGUUCGCUGCAGGAUCGUUCGUCCAAUAUGAUCCACCAGGCACUGGUCACGCUCCAGCACCUCAACUCACACGGGCAGAACUUCCGUCGUGUACGGCGUCAGGUGGUGGCCGAAUGUUGCUACCAGAGCUGCACGCUAGAAACGCUGAAAAGUUACUGUGCCGAUUAAAGACUGACCGCGUGUUGCUGAAGAGUUGCAUGAUCAUCAUCUGCUGGUGCUGCCUCUGUCCGCCGCCUGUUGCAAAGCAUUAGAAUCUUCGCAUUUUCUUUGAUACUCUGUAGUGUAUCUCUUUUGGCGCAAUAAACGCACUAGAGCACACGCAUUGCUUCCCCCUCUCAGGAAGAGUUUGUGGAUAUUAUUGUCGGACAUUUUUGGUUUAUUUUCAGACACUUUUGAGAGUUCUAACUCCGGUUGUUCUUUUUUGUGAUAUCUACGAUCUAUUUACAGUGCGCACGGCAACGUAGUGGACGUAUUAA